AUGGCGAAGAAACGAGCAAGAGAAGCCGAUGGCACUUCGGGGGCGGCAGGCAAGAUGGUGGAAGACAGCGAAAGCUCAGACGAUGACGAUUUCGACAUGGUGAACGUCGACUUCGAGUGGUUCAACUUCACCGAGAUCGACUUCCACGGCACGAAAUCACUGAUACGGCAGCUCUUCGACGUGGACUCGACGCUCUUCGACGUCUCAGCCCUCGCCGACCUGAUACUCUCCCAACCGACGAUCGGGUCGACGGUCAAGGUCAACGGCGAAGAGAGCGACCCCUACGCGUUCCUGACGGCGCUCAACCUGCACGAGCACCGGGAGAAGAAGCCGGUUGUCGAGCUUACCAAGUACAUCACCGAGAAGGCCAAGACGAACGAGGCGCUGGCGCAAGUACCCGAGCUGCUGUCCUCUGGCAAGCAGGUCGGACUCGUGCUUUCGGAACGACUGAUCAACAUGCCCUCCGAGAUAUCUCCCCCAAUGUACGGCAUGCUCAUCGACGAGAUCGAGGCGGCCGUCGGGGACAAGGAGCCGUACGAGUUCUCGCAUUACCUCAUUAUCUCCAAGACGUACCACGAGAUCGAGUCGACGCUGGACGUCGAAGAGAGGAAACGGAAGAAGGGCAAGCAGGAUGCGACGCUGUUCUACUUUCACCCGGAGGAUGAGGUGUUGCAGAAACACGCUGUGGCAUAUGGAAGCUAUCCGUUCACCAAGAUCGACGAGGCGAUAGCGGAUAGCAAGCGGGCGUUCCAGGAGAUGGGGGUCAUGCCCAGGGGUUCAAUGAUCUUGAUUGAAGCUAGCAAAUUCGCUGAUGCUGCCAGGGCGGUCAAAGAGUACCUCAGUGCGCCCUCGUAG